UCAGUGUGGCCUGGACUUGAAAGUGGUCCUACCUUACCACACUCAGCUAUCUUGAUUAAAGUCUCACUCCUUUUUUGUCACCAUGGUUGGCGUGCGUCUACCUCGCCCAGCGGGCGUCUAUGUGCCAGCCCGAAGUCUCAGUCCUGAUAUGAUCUCGUCCCCUCUUUCCCCAAGUUUCAAUUUUGACUCGGAGACCCUCACCCCCUCUAUCAUCCCGGCUCUCGAGUACAUUUCCGCCAAGCUAGAACAGAAGAUGAUGCAUGUUACGCUCUUGGUGGGCCGGGGCAAGCCCUACCCGACCGGCGAGCCCUCCGACCUCAUCAUCAUCCCCAUCACCCCCCUCGACGCCAUGACCUGGCCGAUUGUUUACCGAAUGGUGGCCAAAGCAGCCAUCAAGUUCUCCCUGGGUCAAAGCUGGAUCGAUGCGCUGAAUCGAAGUCUGUACGAGAGCGCCGCCAACGACUACCUGAAGCAGCAAUCCAUCAUGCAGAACGAGGUGAUCUUCAGCCGCGAGGGCCUGACGCUACUCAACGUCGACCGGAUCUACACCUUCAAGCGCCGCCUGUGCAUCCUCUCCAACCGAGGCGUGGCCCCCGAAGAAUCAUACAUCACGUCCUGCACGCAGCUCCUGCAUCGCACCAUCCAAGAUUUCCACGGUCGCCCGUUCAGCAAGGCCUUCUUCCACCGCGUCUACGAGCAGCUGAACGUGUCGGACGAGCUCCUCACCCACGUGGCCAACGCCUACCAGAAGCAAUACAACGAGGACGGCAUCAUUCUGCCCCCGCAGCUCAAAGCCGAGCCUCCGCGGAAGACCGAGCAGCUUCGCAAGGGUGAGCAGCCGCGCAAGUCGCCGCGCUCGACCCGUGCGAUCCGUCGCCAGGGCCCUCCGCCCACCAGAUACGUGAUUCCCACCAAGCGCGGGCCCAAGACGCCUUUGUCUGCGUCGGAUGUCACCCCUAUCACUCAGAAUGAGUGGAACAUGGUGAUCGGGCCGGACUUCCCUCAUCACACUAAAGCGACUGUCACCAAAUGGACGCCUUCUCCUACGGUUAUGGCUGCAGCGUGAUGAACAUGACUGUCCAAGACCGAACGUCAUUGCUUUUCAUCUUCAACAGAGUGGAAGUUGAAGUGCACAAUCAAAACAGAACUGAGCUGCUACACCCAAACAAUAUGCUCACCAGCACCAAGUUGAAACACUCCACUUGC